AUGGGUAUGAUCAGCGAUAAUCAAUUGCCUCACCAUACAAGGAUUACCGGCCUCGUCAUCCAGCGCUUCAAGGCCAAGUACAACCGUACCGCAAAGGAGAUGAAGAACGAGAUCAGGGAUUAUCUCGGAUGUGUCGCUUAUAUCUGGUCGAGCAUGACUAGGACCGGAUAUAUGGCCGUGACAGCUUACUACAUAUCGCGUGAUCCCGCACCCGGAGAUCUUGUUCUCCGCUCCCGCCGACACGUCCGAGGUAAACACGGCGGCGAGAACGUUGGUCAGACGAUCAUCAAGAAGGCUGGCUGCGAAGGCAAUAUCAGUGUCGUCACGAUGGACAAUAUGACCACGAAUGACAAGGCCAUGGAGGAGACUGUCAAAGAACUCGAGCAGCUCGACAUUCCUUUCGAUAUCGAGCGGAACCAAGUCCGGUACUGCCCCCACAUCAACAACAUCUCCUCCAAGGCAGAUGCCAAGGAAUCGCCCGUAGGAAAGCUGAUCUUAAGUGAGAAGUAUCGUGCUCAGCUUCAGCGUUACGUCUUGUCGAGGAUCGGUUUCGAGGCGCUGAACGACUUCUGCGAGUUCCUCGCGUGUACCAUGACGUCCAGCAAGCGUACGGCACAGAACACCUUGAGGUCAAACACGGCGUCGGAGAAUCACACAUUUCCUGCGAUUCCAGCGGGAUAUGCGCCAGCGGCGUGGCCCAUGGUAGACAAGCCGCGGUCGACGCUCCAGGAGUAG